UCACUCCCUUUCUCUGUUCUUGGCGUUCGUGGUUUCUCCCAUUCUUCUUCUCGGAAGCAUCAGGUCAGUUUGUUUCUCGCUGAGUUUCUACAGUCAUGUACCAUUUGCUUCGCAGAAUCAUUCUAGUUAGAACUCCAUUAUCAGUCGGAUCGUUUUCCGCAUCUCCGUUGAAAUCUCUUAGAUUCUUAUUGACUUCUUCCGAGAUUGUAUCGUCUCCGAAAUCUGCGUCGUUGGCUUCUAAUUUUGUUGAUUUUGAGAGCAAUGAGAAGCCUGUGAUUCUGUUAUUUAAGAAUCACGGAUUCUCAAAAUCACAAAUCUCUGAGCUUAUCAAGAAAUUCCCUCAAGUUCUAUCAACAGACCCCGAAAAAACCCUAUUGCCCAAAUUGUUGUUCCUCCAAUCUAAAGGCCUUUCUUCUCCUGAGGUUGCUAAAUUAGUUUGUGGAUUUCCUGCUAUUCUAAAGCGAAGUUUAAACAGACAAAUCAUUCCAUCCUUUAAUUAUAUUCAUGAUUUGCUUCAAACUGAGGAGAAGACUAUUGCAGCCAUAAAACGGUGUGGGGGUCUUCUCACUUGGGAUCUUCACAAUUCUGCUCGUCCCAAUGUUGAAAUUUUGAGACAAAUUGGAGUGCCUGAUUCAAACAUUGCAAGCAUUCUUAGAUCCCAGCCUCGAGUGUUUUUGAUAAGUUCCAUUCGAUUUAAGGAGAUUGUGGAGGAAGUUAAGGAAAUGGGAUUCAAUCCUCUGCGAUUGAAGUUUGUUGUUGCUGUUUUUGCUCUGCGAGCAAUGAGCAAAUCUACAUGGAAAAAGAAGGUUGAAGUUUAUAGGAAAUGGGGAUGGCCGGAAGAAGAGAUCCUUUUUGCUUUUAGAAGGCACCCAUGCUGUAUGAUGGCUUCUGAGGAUAAGAUUAACGGUGUAGUGGAUUUUUUUGUCAACCAAAUUGGAUGUGAAUCUUCUUACAUUGCCAGAAUACCUUCUUUAAUUUCUCAUAGUUUAAAGAAGAGGCUUGUUCCUAGAGGUUCUGUUUAUCAAGUUUUGUUGUCAAAUGGUUUGAUUAAGAAACAUGUGAAUCUUCCUUUGUUGUUUGUGUCCACAGAAAAACGCUUCUUAGACAAAUUCAUCGAGCCUCAUAAGAAGCGCAUUCCUGAAUUGUUCAAGUUGUAUACAGAGAAAUUAGAGGUUUCUUCAAAAUAGAAUGCUCAUUCUCUUUUAAAUGUUAA